AUGAUGGAUGUUUUGGGACCAGACGUCCAUGUGAAGAACAUUGGAAACAUCCACUUUGUUCAAUUUGAUUCUGAAGGUGUAUUCGGUUGGAUUCUGAUGGACCGAAAUGUUAUUGAAAUGGCCCUGACAGGUAAUUGGGUUUGAUUGAAUUACAUCAGUUUCUGUUAUAUGUAUCUAAGCCAUUUCUUAAAGUAAAACUGUAUAUUUUCAAUAGUUCCUUAUUUGCCUGCAGCAGAGCCAAUCGAAUUUAUUGACAGGCGAUCAAGGAAGAGGAGGGAUCUAGAAUCCAAGGCAGAACUUCUACACUCCAAUGUCCUCCCUCGUAUCCCCAACCCCAUAGCAUGCCUCUCCUCCAAUGACAUGCUCAUCUUCCAGCUCACCAUCAACUACACUGGUAUGUCAUUCUUUCAACCUGUAUUUCAAACCUUCCCUUGGGCUCUAACUUAAAGGGAUAGUUCACUUGUUUGAAGUUUUUGCAUAUUUUUUUAGGAUGUAGUUGUUUCAUCCAAUCCGCUUUUGAGUUUGUUUGCUGGGUAUUUAGCAACGUCCAUAAUCUCCUGGCUAGCAUUUUUGGAACAUGUAACAAUGCUAGUGGAAACGAAUUGUAUCAUCUUACGGUAAACUUCAAGAAAGUGAACUAUCCCUUUAACUAUUCUGUUUUGAGACAUUCAUAUUUUAUUACAAUUCAUUUUGAACCCAGACCGUCACCUCAGCCACUUCCCAGUGUAUCAGAAAGACCAUCUCUUCAAUAGCAACCCUAGCUGGGAUUUUGGGGCGUUCCGGCGGCUAGAGCGACUCAUGAAGCAUACUCAGUUCAACUCUACCAGGUAUGAAGGUACCUUAUGGUCUUUAGUCUUCAGUUAGGUCACAUUAGAUUCACAUUACCAAUCUAAAGCAUCUGUUCUCUCAUUGUGGUUGCGACCAAAAUGGCACCUAUUCCCUAUAUAGCCCAAAGUAGUGCACUAUAUAGGGAAUACAUAGGGAAUAAGAUGCCAUUUUCUUAGUGACUCUUCUUUUACCAUAUACAGUGGGGAGAACAAGUAUUUGAUACACUGCCGAUUUUGCAGGUUUUCCUACUUACAAAGCAUGUAGAGGUCUGUAAUUUUUAUCAUAGGUACACUUCAACUGUGAGAGACGCAAUCUAAAACAAAAAUCCAGAAAAUCACAUUGUAUGAUUUUUAAGAAAUUGAUUUGCAUUUUAUUGCAUGGUAUAAGUAUUUGAUCACCUACCAACCAGUAAGAAUUAUGGCUCUCACAGACCUGUUAGUUUUUCUUUAAGAAGCCCUCCUGUUCUCCACUCAUUACCUGUAUUAACUGCACCUGUUUGAACUCGUUAUCUGUAUAAAAGACACCUGUCCACACACUCAAUCAAACAGACUCCAACCUCUCCACAAUGGCCAAGACCAGAGAGCUGUGUAAGGACAUCAGGGAUAAAAUUGUAGACCUGCACAAGGCUGGGAUGGGCUACAGGACAAUAGGCAAGCAGCUUGGUGAGAAGGCAACAACUGUUGGCGCAAUUAUUAGAAAAUGGAAGAAGUUCAAGAUGACGGUCAAUCACCCUCGGUCUGGGGCUCCAUGCAAGAUCUCACCUCGUGGGGCAUCAAUGAUCAUGAGGAAGGUGAGGGAUCAGCCCAGAACUACACGGCAGGACCUGGUCAAUGACCUGAAGAGAGCUGGAACCACAGUCUCAAAGAAAACCAUUAGUAACACACUACGCCGUCAUGGAUUAAAAUCCUGCAGCGCACGCAAGGUCCCCCUGCUCAAGCCAGCGCAUGUCCAGGCCCAUCUGAAGUUUGCCAAUGACCAUCUGGAUGAUCCAGAGGAGGAAUGGGAGAAGGUCAUGUGGUCUGAUGAGACAAAAAUAGAGCUUUUUGGUCUAAACUCCACUCGUCGUGUUUGGAGGAAGAAGAAGGAUGAGUACAACCCCAAGAACACCAUCCCAACUGUGAAGCAUGGAGGUGGAAACAUCAUUCUUUGGGGAUGCUUUUCUGCAAAGGGGACAGGACGACUGCACCGUAUUGAGGGGAGGAUGGAUGGGGCCAUGUAUCGCGAGAUCUUGGCCAACAACCUCCUUCCCUCAGUAAGAGCAUUGAAGAUGGGUCGUGGCUGGGUCUUCCAGCAUGACAACGACCCGAAACACAAAGCCAGGGCAACUAAGUACUGGCUCCGUAAGAAGCCUCUCAAGGUCCUGGAGUGGCCUAGCCAGUCUCCAGACCUGAAUCCAAUAGAAAAUCUUUGGAGGGAGCUGAAAGUCUGUAUUGCCCAGCGACAGCCCCGAAACCUGAAGGAUCUGGAGAAGGUCUGUAUGGAGGAGUGUGCCAAAAUCCCUGCUGCAGUGUGUGCAAACCUGGUCAAGACCUACAGGUAACGUAUGAUCUCUGUAAUUGCAAACAAAAGUUUCUGUACCAAAUAUUAAGUUCUUCUUUUCUGAUGUAUCAAAUACUUAUGUCAUGCAAUAAAAUGCAAAUUAAUUACUUAAAAAUCAUACAAUGUGAUUUUCUGGAUUUUUAUUUUAGAUUCCGUCUCUCACAGUUGAAGUGUACCUACGAUAAAAAUUACAGACCUCUACAUGCUUUGUAAGUAGGAAAACCUGCAAAAUCGGCAGUGUAUCAAAUACUUGUUCUCCCCACUGUAUAUGCCCACAUGUUCUCUGAGACAGGGAAGUAUGUGAUUGGGCUCUGGGCAAAAGUAGUGCACUACAUACACUCAUAGAAAAAAAGGUGCUAUCUAGAACCUUGAAAGGAGAACCCUUUGAAGCACCCCUUUUGGUUCCAGGUAGAACCCCUUUGGUUCCAUGAAGAACCAUUUUGGGUUCAAUGUAUAACCCUUUCCACAGAGGGUUCUACAUGGAACCCAAAAGGGUUCUACCUGGAACCAAAAAGGGUUAUCCUAUGGGGACAGCCGAAGAACCCUUUUGAAACCUUUUUUCUAUGAGUGUAAGUAAUUUUUCUUCUUUUCGCAUUAGAUUUGCACACGUGUUCUCGGAGACAGGGAAGUAUGUGUUCCUGGACAAUGCCGUUCCAGUGUGGAGUCUAGUGGUAGUGGUCAGUGAGAGAGGGACAGAGUGUGACCCCACUGUAGCCGUUUUCCAGCCCAUGACCCCCGCCCAACUGGUCAAGCACGGGGUCAUCAAACAACACCGGCUCAACCUGCUGCCUGACUGGGGCGCCAUCGUAGGUGAGGUACAUUCUGUGUGUAUUUCAAAUGGCACCCUAUUCCCUAGUUAAGGUGCAUUUGUUCAAUGGUCAACACCUUCUCACAAUGCAACUGUUUUGAAUAUUCAGAGGUUGUAGACACGUCUCUUUUCAAGUACCAAUAAUCACCCUGGGUGAUGGAAACACAGUUCCCAAAAUAUCACUAGUGCUUGAACCCCAAAAGGACUGGAGUGACACCUAUGGAAAAAACACCAUUAGGACACUACUUAGGGCCCAAAGGGCUCUGGUCAAAAGUAGUGCUCUAUAUAGGGAAUAGGGUGCCAUUUGGGAUGCAGCCACUGACCAUUCACAUCUGAAAGGGUAUGUAAUCAAUAACAAUACUUAAACACAGAGAGAGAAAUCAAGGCACAGUACAAUAGUAGAGAAUCACAGACUGAUUCUUAGGUGUGAAUCGAUUGGUCAUGUGCAUAUAACCCUCCUGUUUUUCUUUGAAUUGAUUGGUUAACAAUUUAUUUUCCUCUCUGUGUUCCAUUUCUCCAUGUCAUUGAGAACCAAUUCAUGAGCAGUUUGUCAUACAGCAAGAGAGAACUAGGUAUCAAAAAUAUGCUCAAUCGAUCCAAGGGUCUGAAUAGACUAAGAACAAGUUAAGUUGUGCCUUGUCUCUUAAAACCAGUAAACCUGAACGCCAACAACACAAAAAGGUUCUAUAGAGCAGGGUUUCCCAAACUCGGUCCUGGGGCCCCUCCUGGGUGCAUGUUUAGUUUUUUGCCCUAGCACUACACAGCUGAUUCAAGUAACCAACUCAUCAUCAAUCGUUUUAUUAUUUGAAUCAGCUGUGUAGUGGUGGGGCAAAAACCUAAAUGUGCACCCAGGGGGCGCCCAAGACCGAGUUUGGGAAACCCUGCUAUAGAGCACAACUGGUUACCAAUCUCUGUGCACCUCUCUGUCAUAUGUCAUGACACUUUUUACACUACAUAUUGUAGCCAUGUGUAUGUCAGUUCCUCCACAGGAAUAUACAGUUAUUUUAAUUGAAUUUGAAUUUAGGGUCGUUUCACUUCAAACAAGCACAAGAAAGAGAAUUUCGAUGCCAACCAUCUCAGAUUGUUCCAAUUCGGGUGCAAUCAAGUAGCUUAAUUUCUCAGAGAUCAAAUAAUAUUUCAACAAAAACCUUUAGAACAAUCUGAAAUAGUGUGUGUCAUGGCUUGCUGAAUUGACAUGGAAUGAGUGACUAUUGAAUCUCCUCACUGUAGGUGUCCUGAGUCUCCUGCUUGUGCUGAUCCUGGUGCUCACCACCACAGCUCUGGUUCUGAAGCCCAGUCAGGCCAAGUUGGUGUGCCAUGGCAAACUGAGGCCUAAGUGGCGGAGCCUGGGAGAGCCCAUCCUUCCAGUGGAAUACGUCUACAGUGGAGAAAGGUCAGCCAGACGCAACCAAACGAUCAAUACUGGUUUAUUUUAUUAGCUUGGCUAAUAGCUUUCAAGAAGUGUGCCAGCCAUUUAUCUGAUAUCUGAUCUUACCACAGUUAUGAUUGAGAGUUGGUAGAUAGCAGGUAAUGGCUCUACUAACAGCUCUCUUCUCAGAAGUCAAUCAUGGCAGAUAAUGGGUUCUCUGAAUUGUAUUUUCAGAGGUGUAUUUGAUUUGCACUGCAGCAUGUCCCUUAGAAAUCAGCAGUCCUGUGGCAUGACCCAUUCAAUUCUGAUGGUGAGCAUGGCUGAGAAGUCCUCAGGUGCUUCAUGCAACAGGACUGUUGUUUUUCCAAAUCAAGUUAACUCCAUCCAUCUGACCAGGGACACCUUGCUGUGCAAGUGAAACUCCCCUCUGAAAACCUCCUUCUGAAAAGCCACUAUCUACAGUGAUUGACUUCUAUCUUUUGUUUGUGUCUCAGCCUGAAUGGCCAGGGGGUGCUGGGUUGCAGGGGAGUGGGAGAGGGGGCCGAGGCUGAGGAGCCUUCAGUCUGCCGUGGAGGAGGUGACCAACUCAGAUUACCCACUGCAUUAAUGAUGAUAGGUUCAUAGUCAUGAUGGGUUAAUGGCCAUCUGCACUGCAAUUUCACAACCACUCAUGAUACAUAUACAGUCACGUACAAGGUUAUUUACCCCACUAGAUGAAUAGUUGAAGUUUUUGAUUGUACCCACAUAUUAUAGACACUGAAAUACCAUGGGUAAUGGGUUCAGGAGUAUUUUGCUCUGCCAUUUCCAUUUUGAAUCGAUUAUCCAUUUUAUACCAAAAUCCAACUCCUUGGAUGACAACAUAGCUAAACCAUGAUAAUGUAGAAGUGAGGUUAUUUCCCUCUAGAUCAAUGAAAUGAUCAGUAGUCUUGCGCUGGAAUUUCAAGUUAUUAUUGUUAUUAUUAUCCACUGUUUCCACAAAUGCUACCCAAGGAUACAUGACUGGGAAGUUUGAGCUGGAGGAAUUCAAUGUGAAAACUCUCUACGACAAGCUGGAGGAUCAGAACCUGCAUUUGGCGUCUCAGCUGGCCAGGCACCGCAAGGACACCCAAGAGUUCUACCGAAAUAUCUGCCAACAGACAGAUGCCCUGAGGGUACGAAAGAUAUAGGAGGGGAGAAAGUAGCAGACCUGGGUUCAACUACUAUUUGAAAUCUUUCAAAUACUUUAGCCUGCCUGAAGGGCCAGGUGGGCAAGGUUAGCACUUUUGGGACUUUUCUAUUGGUUCCAUUGCAACAGCCAUGCUCAAUUAAACACAGAUGAAGUAUUUUAAAUUAUUUCAAGUAGUAUUUCAACCCAGGUCUAGAAAUAGUCCUCCUAGAAUCUGUAAAGUAACAGAACAUAUACAUACAGACAUCAGACCUAUCAGUCCUUUGAACGGCAUAACUAG